CCCACGCGCCUGGAGGACCGGAAGCUUCUCCGACUCGGGCGCUUCCCAGGCCUUCUCCCCGCCUAGCUGCGCCAGUCCUUCCACGCUGGGAGGAGUGUCCAUAAGUAAAGCUUCACUGCCUUAAGGAUUAAAGCCUCAUUGUCCUGACCUAUUGCCAGUCAAAAUGUCUGCACAAUUGAGAGAGUCUUCAACAAGCCUUCCACGAAGUCCAGAGGAGCCUGGCAGACUUCUGAUUAUGAAGAUGGAAGAGAAAGAGCAGGCCUGUGAUCCUGACUGCAAUCUCCAAUGGAGCAGCUGCUAUAGCCCAGAGACCUGCCGCCAGCGGUUCAGGAAGUUUGGUUACUUGGACUCCACCGGGCCCCGGGAGGCUCUGAGCCAGCUCCAGGAACUUUGUCAUCGCUGGCUGAGACCAGAGGUGCACACCAAGGAGCAGAUGCUGGAGCUGUUGGUGUUGGAGCAGUUCCUGGCGAUCCUGCCGGAGGAGCUGCAGGCCUGGGUGCAGAGGCACCGGCCAGAGAAUGGAGAGGAAGCUGUGACUCUGCUGGAGGAGCUGGAAAGAGAGGUUGACCAGCCAGACGAAAAGGUCUUCUCUGGAAGAAGAAAGGACAUGAUGGUAGAGAAGCUGUCACCUUGGGAAAUCACUUGGGAAUUACCAAGUAGCCAACUCAAGCCCUUGAAAAAGCAGCUCCAGUGGGCAUCGUGGGAGCUGCACUCCUUAAGACAACAUGAGGAAGACACCAAACCUGUAAAUGUGAAAUCUGCUUCGAAGCCAAAGACCUCCUCAGGCACAGAACUUCAUUGUGAUGUUUCUAACACCCUUCAUAUGAGUGCCCCCCAGAAUUUUACAUCUCAAGGAACCUGGGAACAAGAUGGCAAGUUUCCAAGAAGACAGAGAAACCCUUCUGGAAAAAAGCAACACAAGUGUGAACAAUGCGGCAAAAUCUUUAGUCAGAGCUCAGCCCUUCUUUUACAUCAGAGAAUUCACAGUGGAGAAAAGCCUUAUGCAUGUGAUAAGUGUGCAAAGGCUUUCAGCCGAAGUGCAAUUCUGAUUCAACAUCAAAGAACCCAUACUGGAGAAAAACCCUUUAAGUGUCAUGAAUGUGGCAAAGCCUUUAGUCAAAGUUCAAAUCUUUUCAGACAUAGGAAAAGACACAUUAGAGAAAAAGUCCCAUCAGUGUCAUGAGGGAACCAAAACAUUUAUUUUGAGCUCUUGCAGAACAAGAGAAGACACAAGGCACAAACACUCCUUUAGUAUAAGUCCGUUUUAGUGGACACCAGUUUCCUUUCAUGGGUCAUAAAAGCCACCAGAGAGAAGGAAGAGUAUCUCAUGUCAGCACUAUUUGCUUUUCUGCUUAUUGUCAAUUCAGAUGUUUGAGAUUCCAAAGCUUAAUUUAUAUUUCUAUCCCUAAGCAGCCUUUGAAAAGCCAUUCUCAGAUGUUUUCUACUAUUCCCAUUAUUAACUUAAAUAAUGAACUAGUCUACUCAUGACUUUUUAAAACAAGUAUAUAUCUUCCCAAUUGAGAAAAAUGUGUUACUCAGUAUAAUAGAUAUUUUUCUCUGUUUCAUAAUUUGAGCAAUAGAAUUUUAAGGACUAGGGCCGGGAUUUAGCUCAGUGGUUCUGGCGUCUGCCUUGCAAGCGCAAGGUCCUGAGUUCGAUCCCCAGUAUGAAAAAAAAAAGAAUUUUAAGGACUAAAGAUUAAACCAUUCUUUAAAAUUUUUUCUAUUUUAUCUUUGGUUACCAGAUUCACAAUAUGACAGUAGUAUAGAGGGGGCCCAAAAGAAUUUGUAUCUGAUAAACUAAGCUGAAAUGUUUAAGGUCAUUGUUAGGUAGGUAAAUAAAUUAGUAUCUUAUGAAAGCUCUACACAAUGCUGAUGAUACUAAGUAAUUUCCUGUGCUGGAAGAAAUAGUCUUUUUUUAUAAUUAAUUAAUAAUUGAAUGAAAGCAUUAAAAUGAUUGUCUAAAAGGAAUGAUGUAAAUUUAAAGAAUGUUUCCAUAAUAAGUAGAGCUAUUCUGGGGUGCUUGUAUAAGGGUGAUGAUGAAAAGAAGGAGAUGAGGAACAAGACUGUCCAAGACUACAAGGCUGAUGUAGCAUAAAUGUUGGCAAGCGCAGUAAUGAGAAGUGUACCACAGCUUACCUGGGAAAGCAAGUCCCUAACAGCUGGAGACUAUUCUUCGUUUUCUUUUUAUCUACUUUUCUGGCAUAAAUCAGCUGUAAGUAUGUUUUAGGCGCCAAAGACAGCCUUUUCAGGGAUAGUAAGAUAAGUCAUGAAAUGAGACUCUGGAGUUUGAUACUUUUGUACAAAUGAAAAAAAAUCACUAAAGAUUAAAGUCCACCAUAGUCUCUUAUAAACAAUUGUUCAACAACUUUUCCAGUUCAUAAGUUUUAAGACAACGUUUUUAGAAUAUCAUCUACAGGAUGUAAGUAGCUAGUUGUAUCCAUAUUCAAAUUCCUCACUUAAAAUGACAGUCUCAUAUAUUGUUAAAAUUAGUCUGACAAUAUAUAACAAAAUGUUCUCUUUUCUAGGGAUUCUUGAUAAAAAUGUUAACACAUGUGUCACAAUUUUAGUAUAUGUGCUGCCAAAGCAAGCACAACACUUGUCACAAGGAUACAUAUACUGUUUUGUUUUUCAUGGAGGUACAGUUAGCCACGAUGGAAGCUGACCUCAGAAGUGAAAGUCCUUGAAAAAGGAAGAGGCUUCUAGGCAUGUCUGGUGGGUUCCUGAUAAAGUAAAAUAUUUCAUUUUCAGAAAAUCCAGCCACAUCUAGUGCUCAAAGUAACUCCGGAAAUGAAUGUGGAAUUGUUGUGCUCUGCUUAGUACACUGAUAAAUGUAAGAGUAAUAAUGAGAGACCAGUAAAAUGCAAAUUUUGUUAUACAUUAUUUCUAAUUGUGCUUUGUAGCUCUACUCUAUAUACUGGGUUUUGUGUAUUAUCAGUUAUUUUAAAUGUAGGUAUAUUUUUAUUGGGUUCAUUCUCUUUGUAAUUAAAGAGAAGGCCAAGUCAUCUGUUGAAGCAACAAAUGCCUUGGAUAAAUGUACUGUGAAUUACUGUUUACAUUUGGGAGUUUUUUUAGGCUCUAUGUGAAUAAGAAGGAAGAUUCUAAA